CCCACGCAGGUUGGGCCAGGGUUUGUGCCAGGGCGCGCAAGCAGAAAGGCCAGUCUUCAUGUGCAUGCAUCAUAACACGCGCUUCAUACUGUAAAAUAUUACAUCUCGCAGUAACAACGCGCACUGUGAAAGGGCUUUCUGCGCCCGAGUGUCUUCGAAAGUCAAGUUUUGUUACCUCGUGCGGCGCCGGGAAACAAUUUGACCUUUGGCACUAGAUAAUAUGAGGAUGCGGGAACUGAGUUAUGCGUGAGCCGGAGCCAGAGAGCCCAAAACUGACACUUUGUUGAGAGUUUAGACUUGUGAAAUGCCUAUAUGGAAAACAUCCGAACUUCAGGCUGGCAGGCCUGGUAGUCCGCGGCGGAGCUCGCGCAGCACAAGCUAUGGCAUGCCCAAUUCAGGCGGGGCCUCGGCGCUGCCGCCGCUGGGCCUUCCAAGUGAUAACUACGACUUAAUACAGUCGGCGACGGUGGGCCUGGCCGGCGUGGGCUUGCGGCACAGGAACGGCGUGGACGCCGACGACUCGCUCCCAAGCCCCACGGCGGCAGCACACGCGGAGCUCAUUUCGGCAGCGCUGGCGCUAGCGCCGCCCUCCAUGCAACCAUCCAAGUCUGUGAAGCACCCUCAGGCGGGGGGUGCGUCAACCUAUACGUUGCAAUACAUCGGGGUGUCAAACGGCGAGCUGGGCAUCCUGUCGCAGAAGCAGAAGCUAGUGCCGCCCAAGCUGCCUGCUGGACCCGUUGCCGCCGCCACCGGCGCCACCUCACGCGCCAAGUCCGCCGCGCUCCGCUCGCGGUCCUCCAGUGCGCUCUCCAUAGCUGGCGCCGGGAGUGGCAGCGCCGCCGGCAGUCGGCCCUCCUCCUCCACCUCGCCCUCGCCGUCGCCCAUUCGCUCCACCUACAAUCCCACGCUGCCGCCCCACGCGCCGCGGGAAGCCCUGUCCCUCACAGCGGCCGGCGCAUCAGCGUCGGGCGACGAAGCAGCCGGCUUCGCACCCUCACCGUCACCUUCGGCUGUCCCAGCAGCCGCAGCCGCAGCAGCCAUGGCUGUGACGGCACCGGGGCGGCAACAGCCACACUCAGGGGGGCCGGUGGGGCUGCAGUCCCUGGUGGAGGACGCGCACGGCUCGGUGCGGGUGGUGUCAGACUGCUUCUACAGCCGCGCGCUCCACAGCCGGACAGGGCCGCGCGACCGCCACACGCGACGCAAUAAGCCGACGGUACCGCCGGUGCAGGACAAGGAGCCCAUGAGUGCAGCGCUGCCGGCGCGAUUUGGGCACCGCGCGCCCUCAGCCGGCGGCUUUCCCGGCUGGCGCCUUACGGCCGCCACCGCAGCGGCAAACGCAAUGGCAGCUGGGCCCGGCGCAGGCGCCAGCGCUGUGCCCGGAAUGCGCGGUCCUGGAGGCGGCAGCGGGGGCGCCGGCGGCGGUGCGGGUAUGCGGCGGGCUUACACCGGCAACGGCAACGGUGCUGCCUCGCCGAGCGACUCGGCCGGGUCACAGUGGCAGCAACAGCAACAACAACAACGGGAAUUCGGGGAAGCUGGGGAAGACGAGCAAGGGCUUGGGUAUGGGUACAUGCAGCCGUCUCCGCAAGUGGGGCCAGUGCUGGAGCUGCCGCAAGCCGGCGAGCUGCCGCCGGGGACGGCGGGCGGCGCAGCGGCGCAUGCGGUCGGGGGUCGAAGUUUUUCUCGAAGCACAACCGCAGGCAACCGCCCACAAUGCGUGUAGCAGCACGCGGCAGAGGUGCCUAAUGGGCGCUUGACUAAGGUGGCGCUGUGACACACCCGUGUGAGUAAUGCGGCCCUCACACAUACGGCACGGUAGACGGAGUUGAUGUGCAGCGACGUGACCAGAAGCGACUGAGAGCUAGCCUGACUAGAAUGGGACGUGACGAGAGACGACGUGAGUUGUCAUGUGUGCGUUGGACGCAUGCGUCGCACGUGGGCUUGUGGGCUCCAAGCAACAUGCGGCUGCAGGCGCCAUGAAGAUUUCAAUAGGGCCCGCACUUCCGACCAUGCACGACUGUUGUAGAGGGGUUAUGCCAGUUGCACAGCGUAAGCUUUUGAUGAGAUUCCGCUUUAAGUGGCUGAGCAAUCACUGCGAAUUGUGCCUGGGAGAGGCUUAGGGAAGAGGGGACGUGCCCUCCGUGUACGGCUGAUGAGGUGGAGGACGAGCACUACGUCCUGAUGCAUCCGAUGCCGAGCUACGGGUGAGCAGUGGCUUAGACUUGAGCAAAAGCAUGCGCGCAUUAAUGCUGAAAUCUGAGCCUGUCAGGUUAGCCGCAGUACGGUACUCAACUCCAUAUGGGAGCAUAAUUGCAUAAAAGGAGGAACGUGCCCCUUACAGGAGGAGAACAAGAAGUAGGACGUCGUCAUUUAUUGGCGUCACAAGGUUUAUCCCUGGCCGAGCCUCCGGUUUGCACGAGUCAGGAAGGCACGCGACGAUCGCGCGCACCACCCUGUAACCACCAGAUGUC